GGCACUAGUACUUGUGACCACUGUGAAUGGCUGUAUUUGUUCGGGCUGAAUAUACAUAUAUAUGUAAAAUUCAAAAGUUGAGUUCAUUUUUAUUUAUGUAUCUCAUUUAAAGUGUUUCAUUAAGUCCUAUUUGACUCUUCUCAUCCUCCUGACUUCACCUUGUGCCAGUUUUGUUAGGAAUGAGGAAGGUUGCAUCUAACACAGCCAACCUUGAAGUCUCAUAUUUCUUUAAGAGUGAUCACAGAGAACAAGACAGCUUUGACAGCACACUAAAAUAACUAAAGAUAUGUACUUUAAAGUUAUACUCGUCUUCUCAGGAGCAGUUUGCAUCUAUGCACAAAGAAGUCUUGAACUUUGUCACAGCUACGGAUGCUUUAAAUCAAGCGAUACUCACAUCUCUAUGACACUGGAUGGUGAUGAAGUCUACUAUGCAGACUUUAAAAAAGGAGAACUCAUUUGGGAUACCAGAAUCCCCACAUCUAUGUAUAUUCCCAAGGCUUACGAAUAUGCAGUACAUUACAGAUUUACAUGUAAGUAUGAAGCGUACAGAUGGGAAUCAGACAAGUCUGCUGCAACAAGAACUAAAGAGGCCCCAGAAAUCCUCAUCUACCCCAGAGAUGAAGUGAUAGAAGAGGAAGAAAAUACCCUCAUCUGCUUCAUCAACCAUUUCUUUCCUCCCACCAUCAACAUAAAGUGGACCAAGAAUGAUGUAGAAGUAACAGUGGAAGAUGCUUUCAUCAAAAGCUUACCUAAUCCCGAUGGGACGUUUUAUGUUUUCUCACACCUGAACUUUGUCCCGAAAGAAGGAGACAUCUACAGCUGCACUGUGGAACAUGAGGCACUGGACAAGCCUCGGACCAAGUUUUGGGAGGUUGACACAGACGAGAUGAGUAUUGGUCCAGCUGUCCUCUGUGGACUUGGCCUAAGUCUGGGACUUGUUGGAAUUGCUGCAGGAACGUUCUUUUUUGUGAAAGGAAGUCAGUAUCAGGGACUCAUGGACUCUAUCGCCUAAAGCAGAUGUCAUCUACAGCAUAUAUGAUCACAUAAUCCCUGGUUUGUUUCCAGCCUUUGACAUUUAUUUCAUGUCUUUUCUCCUGUCUCUCUUGAUACCUCUCAGUGGUCCACAAUCAAAAAUGGCUGUAAUACCUUUAAAAAAAGGAAAUGUACAUGAAUCAAACUGAGUCACUUAUACAUCUGUAAUUCACUGAAUUUCCUUUCUCCCUUUUCUAUUUGUGUUGUCACUUGUUUAAUUGAUAUUUCAUACAACUUUUUAACCAUUUUACCAUUUAUUCCUGUUAUAAAUAAAUGCACACAGUUGCAGCUGUGUUUGUCUGUUGGAGUGUA